AGCGUCACCAACCCCGAGCUCGUCCUCGCCGCACGCUCACCACCGCACAGCACAACACCACGCACCCGCCUCGACAGAACAGACCUACCUCUUCCACGACCCUGCCAGCCCCCGGCUCCGCGAUCGCGAAGCACUUGCUGCCGCCACGAUGGCGCCUUCGCAGCUCUUCGAGCUGCCCCGGCCAAAGAAUUUCUUCCAGAAGAUGUCGCUGCGCACCGGCGCCGAGAUCAUCACCUACCUCCAGGUCAUCAACAAGGUCUCGGGGCUGUAUGGCCUGCUCGCGCUCCUGACCGGCGCUGCCAUCGACGGGUGGCAGCUCUCCAUGUACCUCUACUCGACCGUCGUGCUCGUCGCCACUGUCUACCUGUACACGCACAUCCGCAUGCAGUCGUCGUUUGAGAGCCUGCUGCUCGCACACCUCUACGCGCUCGACUCGGUGGUCAACGCGCUCUACACUGCCUUUUUUGGCUUUGUCUGGUUCUACACGCUCGCCAACCACCCCGGUGGCAGCGACAACUCGAUCGCCCCUGGUCUGGGGGAGAACGCAGGCUUCACGAGCCCAAAAUACAAUGUCAGCGAGGUCAACGUCGUAGCGGAGCCUGUCGGUGGAAUCAAGGCUGGCCAGGAUGCCGUGGCCGUCGGGCAGGGCACCCCUGGAUCCGCGCCGGGGCUCAGCGGAGCCGUCUUCCAGACCAGCAGCAUCAUGAGCCUUUCGCUCAUCGCGGGCUUCUGGGCACUCCGCGUCUACUUUGUCUUUGUCAUGUUGGCCUUUGCGCGCCAGUGCCUGCGCCAACACAUCGCUGCCAACGCUUCCACCGCCGGCUGGUACAACAACGACACCCCGCAAACCUCUCAGAACCUCGCGGAGAACCCGUUCCAGGAGAGCAAAGAGGCGGGCGCAGGGUGGAGGGGCAAGCUCGGCAGGGCCAUGCUGAGCGGCGCGCCGCUUUACUGGCUUGGGUCGAGCGCGGAAGAAGACGAAUCGUGGAUGCGCGGCGUUGGCGGCAAGUUCAGCAAAAAGGGCGCGUCUGCUGGUGAGCCCAUUGGCCUGGGCGAACGCGAGAGGCGGAGAAGAAGUGGAACCGGUCCUCCUGCUCCACCACGGGAGAUGAGGCCUCCACAGCUUGCCGAUUUGCAAGAGGUGCGGUGAGGUCAUGAGAAAGCAUAAAGUUCGGUUCUGAGCUCGCUAUCUAUCCGUGUCAAUGGAUGCUGACGGGCUCUGAAAGCCAGCGGGAUGUUGUAAUGCACUAAUGCGGCGUUCAAGCGAGGUCAGGUUGAAGUUUGAUAGACGAUGUACAGUAGGGAGAGUCGCAGCACCGGGGCAUCAACCCACGAGGGACGGUGACCAUUCUUCGUUUUAUAUUACAUCUUUCUUGAUAGCAACGCGCAUAGCAUACCGUGGCGUUGUCUGAAGUCUAUAUUGCAUAUUAAGCUACGCAAUCACAGCGCAUCCUCGAUCAGGUUGCCUUGUC